UUUUUUUUUUUUAAUUUAUCAUCGUUCAGUAUAUUAUAUAGUUUUUUAAGUUUUAUGAAUCAAGAACUACUCAAAGACGAUUCAGAACGAGCCAUUUGCAAUUAUGGUUCAAUUGCUGAUAGUCAUACAACAACAACAACAACAACUGACAUUGAUUUCUUACAAGCAAGCGGUCAGCCAGGUUAUGGUACACUUUCAGUCUUCAAAGUCUCCCUCAACAUUGUCAAUGCAACUGUAGGUUCUGGAGUCAUUGGUUUACCUUUCGCUCUGGUGCUAUCUGGCUUUACUAUGGGCAUUGCCAUUUCAGUAUGGGUUUGUGUCUUGUCAUGUUUUGCUGUUUAUUUGCUUGUAUUUACAGGCCAAAAAGUUGGAAUUUUCAAUUUCGCAUCAUUAGCACAAGUGGCUAUGGGCCAAAUUGGUUUCCAUUUGUUAAAUUUAAUGUUAUUUAUUCAAAGUGCUGGAAGUGUGAUUAGUUACUUUAUUUUGGUUGGUGAUACUAUUCCUGUCAUAUUAGGACGUUAUUUUCCUCAAUAUUCCUAUUUAGCUAAUAGACAAUUAGUAACUAUUUUAGUAUCUGUCAUCAUUAUUUUUCCACUUAAUCUAUUCAGAUCAAUCGGAGCUCUCGCGAGUUGGUCCGCCUUUUCCGUCUUUUUAUUACCUGUUAUGAUUAUUAGUGUUUUAAUUCGUGCGCCAUAUUAUGCCAAAGACCACGAGGCACCUCUUCUGACAAUUGGAUCCGACCCGAUUGCUACUAUGGGCAUUAUGUCAUUUGCCUUUGUGUGCUCUCAAGUUGUCUUCUCCAACUAUUUGUCACAAAAGAAUCAGUCAUUAGGCUCAUGGAAGAUCACAUCAUAUCUUUCGACAUUUAUUAGUUGGUUUGUGUCAAUCGCAUUUGCAGCUAUUGGAUACCUCUCCUUUGGCAAAGAUGCUACUUCUAAUAUCUUUAGUAGUUUUCCAGCCGAUGAUCAUGUUAUUAAUGUAGGCAGAUUUGCCUUAGGAUUAUCAAUGGUCUUGACUGUUCCAAUGGCAUUCUUUCCUGCUAGAGAUGCUAUACAAAAGACGAUUGGAUUUGAAACAAUAGGUCAUCAACCUACGCCAAUGCAACACUAUAGUGUAACGGUGAUACUUUUUGCUGUCUUUUUAAUUUUAGGAAUUCAAAUUAACUCUCUUGGAAAAGUCUAUUCAGUUGUAGGAGGUGUGGCAUCUUCAUUUUUAGCUUAUAUUAUACCUGGAUUUGCCUACAUUGCUGUAUUUCAUCCUACCUGGGUAUUUAAACAGCAAGAUUCUAGUUUGAUAAUUAGUAAAACAAAAUCUGUUUGGUGGCUAGAUAUUAUUGCAGUUAUUCUUGUUUUAUUUGGAAUUGCUGUAAUGCUCUAUACUAUUUUUCAUUCUGUUAUUUAAUUUUUUUUUCCUCAUACAUUCUUAUAUACCCUUUCUUACAUAAUAAACAUAGAAAUAAUAGGAAAUUUU